GUGAGAGGAUUCGGUUCUGCUGCCGGGGGCAUGAAUCAAGUGGGUCUCGUCCUGUUCACUCCCAGCUCGGCCUCGCUUUGACGUCCUCUCUUUAUGGGCAGCUUGGAGCGCCGCUUCUUUUCCACGCAGCUCGAAGUCACUCGGGGAUCCGGCUGCUCCUGACAAGGAGGUGGCGCGCAGUGUGCGGAGGAUGGGCAGACGCGAGGCGCACGGUGGAGGCGCAAUGAGCACCAAGUGCCGCUCCGAGCUCGGAUGUCUGCAGGACGCGGCGUCCAGCAGCCAGCAGGGUGAGGCGGACAGAUGCCCCCCCUGCAGCGCAGACAGGCGGCAGCCAGGCGCGGACACAGAGGCGCCUGCGGAAGUGAAGAAGCACCAGCACAAGCACAACCUGAAGCACCGCUAUGAGGUGAUGGAGACCUUGGGCAGAGGCACCUAUGGGAAAGUUAAAAAGGCGGUGGAGAAAGCCAGCAUGAGAACAGUGGCGAUCAAGUCAAUUCGCAAGGAGCGCAUUACCGACGACCUGGACAGAAUUCACAUCCAGAGGGAGAUCGAAAUCACCUCUGCACUCAGACACCCCAACAUCACACGCUUCCACGAAGUGUUUGAGAGCCGGGAUAAGAUUGUGAUAGUGAUGGAGUACGCCAGCAGAGGAGAGCUGUACGAUUACAUCCAGGAGAGGAAACGACUGCCAGAGCCAGAAGCCCGAAGCAUCUUCAGACAGAUUGCAUCUGCCGUCCACUACUGCCACAAGAAUGGUGUUGUACACCGAGACCUCAAGCUCGAGAACAUCCUUUUAGAUCAAGAUUUGAAUGUGAAGCUGGCUGACUUUGGCCUUUCCAAUAAUUUCCAGAAGGGCUCCUUGCUGCAGACCUACUGUGGAAGUCCUCUUUAUGCCUCCCCAGAGAUCGUGAAGGGGCUGCCGUACCGAGGACCAGAAGUGGACUGCUGGGCUCUGGGGGUCCUGCUCUUCGCGCUGGUUUACAGCAGCAUGCCGUUUGAUGGGGCCAAUCAUGCUAAGCUUACUGAGCAGAUCAGCCAGGGCCACUAUCAUAGACCCAACCCCCCCUCAGACGCCUGUGCUCUCAUUGACUGGUUGUUGACAGUGCGUACAGAUGAGAGGGCCACGAUAGAGGACGUGGCCAACCACUGGUGGGUAAAUUGGGGUUAUGAAGAGAGCGUGUGUGACUGCUCUUCAUCGCCUCACCAAGACUGUCCUUCACCCCUGCUGGCUCGCUACAUCGACUGGCAGAAUCGGGCCGGAGCUGCUGCCAACAUGACUGUCGACCCAGAGACCUUAGACUUCUCUUGUUCUGGCGCUUUUUACUUCAGCAUGCCUCUAAAGAGUGACUGUGGAGGAGUAGGAAGAACGCGUGGAGGAAUUUCAAACCUCAGAAAGUCUCGAAAAGAGAAUGUAAUCCCCCAGAAUUCCCUGGGAGCUUGUGGUGGUGUUUGUUCAACAGCUGUGUCUUCGACUUCCACCGGUGAAAGAAGAAGACCUAAAGGCAUACUCAAACACCAGAGGAGCUUAGAUUCUGUCUUUCACAACCCAAAGAAGGAGAACUCUUCCUCUCAGCAGUGUAGCGCACUUCCUCAAACUCACCAGACACAAACACUUCCUCACGCACACACAAAUAACUUGUCCAAAAGCCUUCCACACCCAUCUGCAUUCAGUCAGCCUUCAUCUAAAAUGCCAAAGAAAGGAAUACUGAAGAACUUGUAUGUUGGGGAGACGGGUUAUAGCUCCAAAGGAAAGUGCUCUGAUGUGGGAGUCAAAGAUAGUGAUUUAGGUCAUUCAGGCUCCUACAAACAGCACACGUCUUUCCCAGCUGCAGAAGAUAGUCCCACCAUGCGCACAGAAGCAGUGAGGAGACGCAAAGGUAUUCUUAAACGUAACGGCAAGUUCUCCCGCAGUCUGGAUCUUCCCGAUAGCCCCAACCCAUCGCCCUGUCCAGCCCUUGCAAUGUUCCCAGAGGCUUUGCAGCAGCUCCUACAGGCCACAUCGAACACAGAGGGCCGCCGCAGCCGCCCUUCCAGCGUGGUCAGUGAGGAUAGCCUCUUCUCCUCUGAUUCAUUUGACCUGCUGGAUCUCAGCAUCCAGUCGCAGCAAAAGAUUUUCUCCCAGGAGAUACAGCACAACGUGUGCAGCUCUGAGGAGAACCUGGAGCAGACAAGGACGGAGACAAUCAGGGCUGGUGAAAACAAAAAUGGACAGAAAGAAAUGAAUAGGUAGAGGAAUUACAAACACGUGACUGUGGCAAAAAUGGUUUUCAGUACAAUGUUUUAGUUCACGUGGUUUACCAAUUUUAAAAUAUAGUACUUUAAGCUUUGGGAAAGUUGCAUCUCAAGUCCACUAACUCUCCUGAGUGUUGCACUAUCAAUACAAGGCACCAUAUUCUUUUUUUAAAUUUUAUUAUUAUUUUUAUCAAGGUCUUUUUAUUAACUUUUAGGGAUUUUUUUAAACAAACACAACAGACCAGAGAACAAAAGAAAAAAAAACUGUAAAUAAAACCCUCCUGUCCCUCCCCACC